UACAACAAAAGAAGGUCUGUUUGGCCAUUUUGUAGAAAUUCCCAACUAUGUUAUAAUAUAGUUACGGUUCUUUAUAUCCUUCCUCUCCUGACUGUAUGCGUUCAACCAACUGACAGCUUAUUUUUUUUAUAAUUAAGCGUUAAUACGACUUGGACAGCGUUUGCUAAAGCUGUUAUUUUUCCAAAUGCUGAAGUUAAAUGCGUCAUAGUCGUUGUCAGGUGUCCUCUCUGCUUUGACUGACCCUCCAGCUGAAAUGCCUUUCUUGGGCAAGGACUGGAGGUCACCAGGAUGGAGCUGGACAAAGACAGAGGGUGGCUGGAAGAGGAUUAUCAUCUAUGGACACGAGUUGGAAGAUAACAACAGAGCGAUAGACUUGAAAGAGCUCUGCAGUGACAACAAAGAGAAUCUGUUUGUCGGAGAUGUGUGCGAGCUCGCCACCACAAAGAGGAAAAAGGACCUCUACAACAACAACACCAAAUCUCAGUUUGUUUUCAGAGAUAAAUGGAUCUACGUGCAGAAAGGGAGUACGAAAGAACGACACGGAUACUGCACACUUGGUGAAGCCCUCAACCGUCUAGACUUUUCCAGUGCCAUUCAGGACAUGAGAAGAUUCAACUAUGUUGCAAAACUUUUCCAGCUAAUAGCCAAGUCUCAGCUGACCUCUUUGAGUGGAGCUGCACAGAAAAACUAUUUCAACAUACUGGAGAAGAUUGUACGAAAGGUUCUAGACGACCACUACAACCCGCGUCUUGUCAAGGACUUGCUGCAGGACCUGAGCUCGACACUGCACAGUCUGACGAUCCACGUCGGCAGAUGUGUCCUCGUGGGCAACGUCAACAUCUGGCUGUGCCGACUGGAGACCAUUCACAAAUGGAAGCAGCAGCUCAACAACCUGCAGAUCCCCAAGCAAAUGUGCACUGGCAUGUCAUUCAACGACUUGCCGCUACAAAUGCAGAACAAGAUCCUCUGCAAGUUAACCGAUGCCUAUGACAUCAUUAACCUGGGACAGGCCACGCCCACUUUGCACAGCCUCAGUGAGAACAGGAUACUGUGGAAAAAACUCUGCCACUUUCACUUCGCAGACAAACAGUUCUGUAGGAAUUUGGUGCUCAGCAAAAGCGAUAAUGUGGAUUGGAAGCGGAUGUACUUCACCCUAAGAAAACAUUAUCCAAUGAGAGAGCAGUAUGGCGACACCUUGCACUUCUGCAAACACUGUAGCAUCCUCUUCUGGAAGGAUCGCCACCUGGCUUUGUUAUUCAAGGACUGUGGCCAUCCAUGCACAGCCAACGAUCCAGACAGCUGCCUCAUGCCCAUUUCUCCGCAGCACUUUAUCGACCUCUUCAAGUUCUAAACCCUCCAUGUCUUCUUCGAAGUGUCCGUUUACUCUCAGUCCCGAACCCACGAAGAGCGAGACUAUGAUGGCGUUUAUUCAAAUACAAAGGGCUUCAGCUGAAAGAGAUGACUUUUUAAUGUCUUCGUUUCCUUAUACGCACAAGUAUUUCCAUCAUGCCGAGUUCACACUACAUGACUUCGGCUGAGCUGGACAAAAGCCCAAAAUAAGAGGCAAAUCUGCCUUGGUUCAGCACUCAAGUGUGAACUCAAAGCUGCAUGAUAGACGCAUUCUGCAUGUCUAUCAGCCAGUCAGGGGAAUCCCAAUACAAGCUAUCGCCAAUGAGAGUGCAAGACAGGGGUCGACAAGCAACUUGGGGGAGGCAUCGUCUGUAACAAUAGGAGCUACAGCACACCAAUAAUUGGUUUGGCCAAUUAAUUGGUCCAGAUAGAACAUUACAUACUAUCUUUAUCGGCAGAUUGGGCUCCAAUAGUGGCUGAUGCAUCACUGUUUUGCACGGAGGCUCCAUACACAAAGUCAAAGUAAUGUGUACCUGGGAUAAUUUAUAUUUACAUGGGAUUAUAUGAGACAACUGUAUUCCUUAAUUGUGAGUAUGAUUAGUUAACUUUUACAUUACGUUUAAUUCCUUUUUCCUGCUCAAAGCUGCUGUUUUUAUAUCGACCUUUAAAAAUCUAUUAUCUGUCGACCUCUCAUAGCCUAGGACCAAUUUUUUUUGUUGCACCAAGAGGAAAAAUGCUAUAAUAAGGAAAGAUGUGAGGAGACAGGCUCUUUUGUGAGCACCUGUGCCAACAACAGUAUCAACAAACAUGACUGAAAGAAAAACAUUUUGAAACAAAAUAAUCUCAUUUUAUACAUGGUAUUCAUUUAUUUUUCCGUGUUGCUUCUCGUGUGUGUUUUCAUUACAAAAUAUCGGGGGAUCGGGGAUUCCUCUCGGUGAAAGAUAUUGUAGUGUUUAACUCCCUGUGGCCAGUCAGUCAAGUAGUGGAAACCUCAACUUGUGUAGUGUGGACUGGGCAUAAGAGAUAGGAAAGAUGAAAUGUUUGUAGAUUUUAUGAAUGUUGAUGAUGGGUGAAUUAUAAAGAACUCUCGUGUUUUUCCUCCUCCUGCACACAUUUUUGUCUUCUUGACAUGUUUUUCAUGACAGAGGAAAGGCAAAAGUAUUAUGUAAAUGUAAUAUGAAUAUGUGAAAGGAUUUAUAUGUAAAAGGAGCUGUAGCAUGUUUAUAGGUAAGUGGUGGUAGGUAAUGUUUCAGAGGUUUUUUUAAAUGGUAACAUUUUGUGCAGAAAAAGAUGACUCAUGUGGUAAUUGUUUAUUUAAUGGAGUUAAACUAUUCUGCUUUUUGC